GAAACUGUUAUCUAGUUUAUGAACUUCCAAAAUAUUUACAAAUUAGUGAUUAUGUAGAAUACAGUGGAUUCUUUAAAGAUUAUAUGAAUGAUAUAAAUUUGAUUGAAUAAUUAAGUAUGAGUACUACUACAUUGCUAAAUAUCAAAAUAUUGCUAGAAAACACAUAUAAUGCAAUUCAAGAACACAGUUAUGCUGUAUACCAUGAUGUGUGGGGAAAGUCACAGAAGUACUGAGCAGUGAAGUUUGUAUAGUAUUUUAUUAAGGAGGAAGCAUAAAUGUGGGAUAGACUGAAAAACAUAAACAUUCAGUGUUAUUUUUAUGGACCAAUAUAUUUUUAAGGUUUUAAUUCAUUGGUAUUUGAUGAUCAAGAAGUAAGCAUUGCAGUAAAUUAGUUGAAUAAUAAUUAUUUUUUAAGUUGCAAGAGAGAUCUAUAGAGUUGUUGCAAAUGAAAUGACGGUUGAAAACCAUCGGAUUUUCAAUAGUUGAAGAAAGCAAUCACUGAGGUUUCUCCCAUGUGGGUGAUGCAAUUCUAAUAUUUGUUUAUUCACCAAGCAUUAAGCAUUGGAACUACUGACAUAACUUCAGUCAAUAAAAGCUGCUGUAGCUUAAUGAAUUUAAACUGAAAAUUUUGUGGAAGCUGCAAUAAUAAUAAUAAUAAUAAUAAUAAUAAAAAAAAAAAAAAAAUCAAUGAAACAUUCUACGGAAGAACAACUAAUGAGAAAUCCACUCUUCAUUGGUUUGCAAAAUUUUGAUAAGGAUGUUUGAGGCUGCAAAAUGAACCUUAUGGCCAUCUUCCUUCUUCCAUUGAUUUAAAUGAAUUAGAAGAUUUAAUUGAAUCAGUUUCAUGGUAAUUAUACAAGAGAUCACACAUGCACAUUUUUCAACUAUUUCAAGGUACUUAACAGUAACGAGAAAUAUUAGGAAAUUCUACAAAUGGGCACUUUGCAAACUAACUGAUGAAAACAAAGCAUGGUAUUUGAAAACGUGCUCAUCAAUAUUAAGAAAAAGAAAGGUUCUUGUUAUGAACUGUGAAUAUGGAUAAGAGAGAGAUUUUGAUGACAAUCAUAUACAUUUGUUGCAUGAUAGAUGCUUUAGGAAAUACUUCAGAGUUACCUUUGCAUCUGAAAAAGAUAUUAUUUACUGUAUGAUAAUCUGCUGUUGUUCACAGUUCCAUGGAAUUGAGUAGUAAAUGCAGCAUGAUAAUAUAUAGGUAUAUGGCAAAUUGUGCCUAAAGAUUCAGUACUCACAGACAUUGUCAACCCUACAGCAAAUCAACAAUUAGGAAUAUGAAAUUAUACCUCAUCUUCCAUGUAUGUUCUGAUAUUUCCCUAAGAAAUUAGUAUUUUUCCUUCACUUGAGCCAUUUUUUGCCAAGAAAAUGGUUUGCUAGUAAUACAUCAGUUUAUUGGGCAGUCAAGGACUUCACCACUUUUAGAGUUACUAUUUUUAUAAAGAUGGUAUGAUUGGCCUUUUCACACAUCAACAACAAUGUAACAAUGUAUUGGUGCUGCUGGAGCGUACUUUGAUUAAACAGGGUGAUCGAGUUUUCACAAGAGUGUACAACUGUCGAUAUUGCUAUCAGACUCCAGGUUAUGAACAUAUUUGCCAACGAAAUACUUCUUGCCAUGUUGUGAGUGCUCCUCGCCAGAGGUUUAUUGCAAAGUGUUCUGUGAAACCUCAUGUGCUAUGCUUAGGCAAGCGAACAUUUGCUAAGCAUGUGCCUUGCAAUUGGACAAAAGGAUAUAACUGGGGGACAGCUUUACUUUUGAGUAUUGUUUUUGGUGGAUUUGGUGUGGAUCGUUUCUAUCUAGGUAUGUGGCAAGAAGGCAUUGGUAAAUUAUUCAGUUUUGGUGGACUUGGAGUAUGGACAUUAGUCGAUGUUAUUCUAAUAGCUACUGGAUAUCUUGGACCAGCAGAUCAUUCACUUUAUAUAAGAACAUAAAUGCUUCAUGUAAAUAAACUCUUGUUAAGAUUUGUAUAUUAUUAAAAAUUAAAGUUUGUAAUAUUCA